AGAACAGACAGAAAACUAAGACCACAUCACCAAAGCCUGUUCAUUGGAAGAAGAGGGACCACAAUGGGGACAUUGUUCACCAGCGCCCACAAGCCCUUAGAAAGCAGUCAACAUCACAAAGACCAGACGAAGGAAGACAUGUUUCUUCUUCACCGCCAUUAGACCAUGGCCAACACCUAGACCAUGAUUUGAAUAUGCGGCAGCUUGAGGACCUUCUACAGGACUCAGAGAACAUGGAAUCGCAAGAUUUUGUUCAGCAGCCACCAUUGUCCAGUUGGAGUCAAAGGCAGAAAGAGGUCCAACAAUGUUGGCAACAGGCGAGGCCACAGAACCUUGACAAUUUACUUUCUGCUGAGAACAUCGUACAGAUGACAUGCAAUCACUGUCACGUGAAAGAAGCUGUCAUCCGUUGUGGGGAAUGUAUGCCCUCAGAGUGGUUUUGUGCUGAGUGUGAUGGCUCGGUACAUAAACACCACACUCUACACAACAGGCAAACCAUCAUGGAUGGAUUUUUCAAAUACAUCCCACCAACAGAGGCAGUGACACUCUGUGACACUGGAAAAUACAGCAUUUGUGAACAAGAUUGUUUUCUGCCAACAGCUCUACCUCAAAGGAUAUGCUCCUGUGACACCGCUGAUGCAGCAGUCUCUGAUCUCUUCCAUUCCUUUGAGGCUAUGAAGACAGCAGCUCCAGGAAUGUCCAGACAAGCCUUUACAGCAAUGUUGGACCAGAGAACAAAGCAAUAUGGAAGAACUGGCAAAGUGAAUGCAGAUGCAUUUCAGAGAAGUUUUCUGAAAUUUGUCUUAAAGAGUUGUCUUAAACAUUGUCUUAAAGGAGUGAAGAGCCAGGGUUCUUCGAUGGAGUGUUUUUAG